UGGCCAGAUCUACUCCAGUGCAGAUACACAUGAGGAGAGACUGAACUUGUCAAACUGUAGUAAUGGAUGCAGGUGUUGUGGUUGUUGAUUGGCGUGCUGCUGAUGAUGACUGAUAUGAGCCAGUCCACCCUGAAAGAUGACAUGCUGGAGCAGAGCAAACACCUUCUGGAAUCACACGAGGACUUCGACGGGAACAUGCUGGAGAGUCGAGGGGCCACUGAAGAGCAGAUGGAUCAUCUACUGGAGGAUCGUCUUCUGGUAGAAAUGUUGCGGUCUUUACUCCAAGGCUCUCAGAGAUAUGAACGCAACCCUUCAGUGCUGCACCAGCCCCAGCGGUUUGGUCGGGGGGCUCGGAGUGGCUUGUCCACAGAGGAAAGGAUACAGUCUCGGGACUGGGAGACAAUUCCCGGACAGAUAUGGAGCAUGGCUGUGCCACAAAGAUUUGGAAAAAAAUAACACCAAUCCAUCAUAAAAAUUGAGUGAUGUCAUAAGAGUACUGAAUGAAUUAUUUGAUCAGAAACGUCUACAAGCAUCUCCUUCAUUUUUGUCUCCCCUACUACAUUACAAAAAGGAACGGUCAGCUCUUCUUUGCAUUUCAUGAAAUCUGUGAUAGUAACACAUCGAAACAAUAAUAUUUAAAUGUAGUAAUUAUUUAAUACGUUCUGUAUGAAUGUGAGGGCAUGUUGUGAUUAUUAAUCCAUUGUACUUUAUAAUAUAGAAUGUGUUGUGUAUUGUAUUUUCUGUGUAUAAAUAAAUGAUCAGCUCUGCUUGUUGAACAA